CGCCAAGCCCGCUAUGUCAUCCCCCGCCAUUCGCAAAUAAACAUGAGGCUGGGAACCAAUAUUAGAAUAAUCAAGAAAUAUUGCCAACCCGGCUGCAUCUUCGAUCUCAAUUGCACCCAGCUUCAUAUUUUCUUCUUUGCUCUCUUUCUCUAGCCUUGCUUCUUUCAUCUUUUUAUUCUUCUCUCAUUUCUGCUGUUGGCAUUGUUGUAUCAGCACUCGUUUUCACCUUUACUAGUAUAUAACUAAACAGCCAGCUCCCUUCUUUAUCUACUACCUAUAUACAUCCUUGGACGUCCCGCCUCCCAGACUCACCGACCCUCUUCCCAGAAACGCAUCUGAAAAAAUUGCUGCUAACUACAUAUGAGACAAACCCGUGACUAUUUCAAUACAUUUUUGGUAUCUCAUGGUCAAUACCAAAUCCUAUCCACAAAAUGGCGCCUGUACCAUUAUUCACAGCUGCCUCAGGUAGCCUGCAAAACUUCGCCCGAGAUAUCGCACAGAUAGAUCCUUUGUCUAACCCACAAAAACGAGCCUCCCUAUCAUCCCAACACAAUGCUUUCUCAGCACCCUCCCUCGGUAUAUCUCUCAUGGCCAAAACCAGAGACAUAACACAAUCGAUAUCAUCUUCCUCCUCCCACCUCCAGCGCCGCGACCGCAUGAUAUCAAUCCCGUCGACCUACUCCUCCUUCACCUCCUCCCCCGGCACAGUAGUGGGUAUAGUAGUCGGCACAGUCGGCGGCUUCGUGCUAGUUAUAUGGAUUCUAUUCCUCAUUUUCGGCGGCCGAACUACUGUUAUCGAUGACACGACGACAGUGACAGACGACAGCAGGCCUCCUCGCCGCCCUCAAUCACAUCGACGACGGCCGGAGGUGAUUGAGGUUUUCAGUUCCAGUGCAUCUUCGCCAUCAUCGGGGGAGGAUGUUGUGGAGGUGUUUGAGGAAUUGUCGACGCCGUCGCAAUCGGAGAGGUCUUAUAGCAAACGCACUGGGUCUUACCGGACUGUUGAUCCCCGCCAGUAUGGAGGUGGGAGAGGUUCUGGUCGACGGGCACGGCAUUAAUAAAGGGGGGGUUUUUCUGAGGCGUUGUUAUGGAAUCUGUGAGAUGAGAGUAUUAGCUGCUUUUUCGACCGGAGUGCAUUGUUUGCAUAUAAAAUUCACUUUCACCGAAUCCGAUAUUCAGGGAGAAUGCUGCGGCAAUGACUCGCGGCUGACCCACAAAGGGAGGCAAGAAGUCACUCCCAAAGUUGCCCUGUAUUCAACCUCGCUCGCCCUUUCUUCUUGAUCGAAUGUUGGAAUUAUCCAAAAAUGGUCAGGGUCUCGAGAUUUUGAGACACAUCAUUGAACCAUCGUCCAGGUCUCUGGGUGAGGAAUCCGAGAUUUCACAAUACGGCUAUUGUGUGCUUAGGAGCCCAUCUGGUGUUUCUUUCCGCCUUCCUCUCCGGUUGUUCUUUCAUGCCCAAGUGCGAAUCAUCUUGGCUUCUGUUGACGACGAUAAGAAUGGGCCUUUCCUUUCUUUUUUUCCCCGUGUUUAUUAUGAUAUCCAACGAGCGGCGUUCUAAGGAUGUUUGAGUGGUUCUGUUUUCCUGUUUUGACACUACCUAGGGGUAUACGGUUGUUCUUAAUGAUUUGAUUUUAAUUUACAUUUCUCAAAAUUUUGUAGGGGAUAUAUCUUCUGGCAAUGCAUGUGUUGGUUUGAAGUCAGGCAAGAGAGGGAAAUCGGGAUAUUACCUGGUGACUGCAUUUGGAUGUGAAGGUUUUUUAUCGGGCUACAGUUGAACGUGGUUGCCAACAAAACUGAACAUGGUGCAGCUGAGCAAUGGUUCCAACCAAUUUCAACUGUGGACCCAUGGCAGUAUACUCCCCAUUAGCUUUUAAAGUACGUGGUACUAGACAUAUCCCGCACAUUAUUAUCUCUACACUCUCUCAAUAAUAUUGAUUUUUCAUAUUUCUUGAGAUUCUAACUCAUUCUAUUCUAGGUCUUUCUAAUACUAAUUCCAGUUUUUAACCCUCCAAUCUACAUCUCUACACACUAAUAAGAAGCUGGAUACUGAGAAGGGGAAUGAGGACAGUCAGUCUUUAUCAGUAAUAUGGGUUGUAUUAUUAUGUAUGAGGUGUGGAGUGAGUG